AGAAGGAAUUUGACUGUGGGCGCGUUUUCACUCUUUCUAUUUUUAUUACGUUAGAAAAAAAUAAACCCUGGCGAAAAAUUGAAGCGCGUUCAAAGCUUUGAACAAGGAGAGCAAAAGCUUGCACUGUUCUAGAAUCUUCCCAUGGAAGAACAAGCGAAAGGGACGGUGACGUCACUUUCGUCAUUGUUUCCGGCGGAAGAAGCCCAGAAAGCAUCGAAGCGCGUGCAGGACACGAUUGCCGACCGGCAGAAACAGCUGGACCUGCUCCGAGAUUUCGCCGCGGACAACAAUAACCUUAUUAACCUUGUUCAGAGAUUGCCUGAUCAGCUUCACCACGAUAUCAUGGUCCCUUUUGGAAAAGCAGCAUUUUUUCCCGGUCGUUUGAUUCACACCAAUGAAUUUCUGGUUCUAUUGGGAGAGGGUUAUUACGCAGAAAGGACAUCCAAGCAAACGACUGAGUUACUGAAAAGAAGAGGGAAGGAUUUGGAGUCCCAAGUGGAAUCUGUAAAGGCUGUGAUACAAGACCUUAAGGCCGAGGCUUCAUUUUUUGAUGCUACAGCUUCUGAGGCUGCGGAAGGUCUUGUAGAGAUCAGAGAAGACUAUGCUGAGGAAACUUCUCCUGAAGGACCAUCCACAGUUGGCAUCCUGAAACCUGAGCUUCCAAUUUCUUCUGAAGGAGACAAUGCUGAACUUGCAGUUGAAAAUGAGGAAUAUGCUCGCAUUUUAUCCCGGAUUGCCGAGCUUGAGAAGGAAGAAGAAGAGGCUGAAAAUGCCGAACUAGAGAAGGAAGAAGAAGAAGCUGAAAUUGACAAUAAAUUCAAUGAAGAGCUGGGUAAAUCUGGAUUAGAUGUCAGCACAGGUCAACACAUUCGGGACCAAGAAAUAAACGAUUCCGGAGUGCGUGGUUCUAGUAAUCUCAAGGAAAGAGCAGCAUCUUCAAGAAAUCGCUCCAUUGAAAGUUUUCCUGAGCAGCUGCACGUUGAAAGUUCAAAAUCAGUAACUAAAGAUGAAUGCUUAGCUGGGAGCCUAGCUUCUGACAAGUCCAAUGUUACUGAGAAUGCUCCAAAACAGAAUCGAAAGGAGGAUACUAAUGUUCCUAUGAUAGCUGAAAAUAAGGCUUUUACUGGAAGUAUUGUUGAACGCGCUGGUGCCUUUGAUAUCAAGCCAAGCGAGCAGACUGUUGGUCGUAGCUCAAAGCCAGUAUCAAGGUUCAAAAUGCAGAGGAAAUAGAUGACAUUCUUAGCACUUGAAAGUCAAGUGUGUAGUGAUCUUCAGUGCUUUGUCUCGUAGAUGAAAAAAGAUGUCUAUUUCGGUUGAGUGCUUGAUUUUGGACAUUCUAGGAGUUUUCUCUUGUCGAAAAAUGCCGAUGUUGUAUUUUUGCAAGUUCAAAAUUGACACUUUGAACUUCACAACAUCAGUAGAAAUGGUUAGUUUUACACCAUCACGGGAGAUACUUUAGAACAUGAUAUUAAGGAUUUGAACCUCAUGGUUCUCGGUUUCGGGUCAAAUAGGAAGAACGGGAAGAUUUCACCUCAACUCAUUUCAUUGACCUCUAGAUCACACCCUUAACUUAACUGUGUUAAAGAGGAUAGGUUCGAGGAAUGUAUUCUCUAACUUUGAUUAAAAAAAUCUGUAUCUCCACAAAAUUUGGAUCCAUUAGUAUCAUUACUUUAUUUUGUGUUUGUAACACCCAGAGUGUUAUCGACCCUUAUGUUUCA